GAUAGGGGGAUAGUUUGCACUUUAUUCUCUUCAAGUUCCAUACUCCACUUUGUUGUAGCAAAAAACGAGGUUUUGUUUCUUUCUGUCUUUCCUUCUCUUUUUUUAGCCUUACUUUGUCUUGUGCUAAACUUAAAAGUGAUUGCUGUCUCUCCCUUGGUCUUUCUGUUGUCUUGCUUCCUUUUUCUUCUCUUACAGUCCUACUAUAUACUGCAACGUGUGUAAAUUCUACUGUAACGUUAUUAUAGAUUAGUGAUUUUGCCAACAAAGAAAUAAUCUUUGAAGAGUGCUCAUUCUCAAGUUGCUAAAUCAUUUUUGGUUUUUGGUCAUUUACUACACAACAAUUAGUCAGAAACUGAAGUAGCACAAAGACAGACUUUCCAGAUUUUGAUUUUAUUUGGAUCACUCUGAAUAUAUGUAAUUCAGAAUUAUUUGGAAGAGGGGGAAGGGAAGAAAUAGUGACAGAGAAAAUGAGGGAUGAAUAUUCCAAGAAAAUCAAGCUGUCCUGGUCAAGAAAAUUAGUUAGGAAAUGGUUCAAUAUUAAGGGCAAAAUUGAAGAAUUUCAGUCUGAUGAAUCUGUCUGUGGAGGAAGUUAUGAGUGGAGAAGAAGCAUAUCCGACUGGGAGCAUUGCACAAUGAAGAAGAGUAAAACAGAAAAAUCAACCAGGGGUAUGGAACAUCCCGCACGGAGAAGUGUCGAUCUUGAUCGUCCACAGAUUAUAAAUGUACAUAAUUAUAGAGUCUUUGUGUCUACAUGGAAUGUGGGCGGAGAAUCACCACCGAGCAAUUUGAAUCUAGAUGAAUGGCUUCAUUCCUCACCCCCUGCAGAUAUUUAUGUACUUGGAUUUCAGGAAAUAGUUCCGCUAAAUGCUGGUAAUAUUCUGGGAGUUGAAGACACUGGCCCUGCCAAAAAGUGGAUUGCUUUGAUCGGGAAGACAUUAAACAGCAGUCCUGGUACUAGUGGAGGUAAUGGUUACUACACUUCUUCUCCUGUUCCAGAUCCAAUUGCCGAGUGGAAUGCUGACUUUGAGGGGUCAAAAAGACACAAGGCAUCGUCCUUCUUUCAUCGCCGGUCAUUCCAGACUCCUCAAUGCGGGAGCAUGGAAAAUGAUCCAUCCACCUCGCAACCUCGCAUGGAUGGACGAUACAGUGUUUGUGAUCGAGUAAUUUUUGGUCAUAGGUCUAGUGAUUUUGAUCCUAAUAUUAGGUGGGAGCAGAGGCAAAGUGACUAUUCUUCUGCUCACUGGCCAAGUGAUUAUUCAUCUUGUCACAGGCCAAGCGAUUAUUCAUCUGGUCAUAGGCUUAGUGACUAUUCCUGCGGACAAAGGCCAAGUGAUUUCUCCAGAUGCGGCUCGUCAAAUGAUGAUUAUGGACCUGCAGAUUCGCCAACUACUUCGUUUUCACCUGUCACAAAUGGAGGGUACGCUCCUAUGGAAUAUGGUUAUAGAAUGCCCAAAAAUUCAACCUACUGUUUAGCUGCAAGUAAACAAAUGGUUGGCAUUUUUCUCACUGUAUGGAUGCGGAGUGAUUUGAGGGAACAUGUUCGGAAUAUGAAAAUAUCAUGUGUUGGCAGAGGGUUGAUGGGUUACCUUAGGAAUAAGGGAUCUAUUUCAAUCAGUAUGCAGUUCCAUCAGACAAGCUUUUGCUUUGUUUGCACUCACUUAACCUCUGGUCAAAAAAAGGGUGAUGAGUUGCGCAGAAAUUCUGAUGUCAUGGAGAUCCUAAAGAAAACGAGAUUUCCACAAGUUAAUGGUGCAGGUGAAGAGAAGUCACCAGAGACUAUACUUGAACACGACCGGGUUAUUUGGCUUGGGGAUUUGAACUAUCGGAUUGCACUUUCUUAUCGUUCUGCAAAAGCACUUGUUGAGAUGCAAAACUGGAGAGCAUUGUUGGGAAAUGACCAGCUGAGGAUAGAACAAAGACGUGGUCGAGUUUUUGUGGGAUGGAAAGAAGGAAAGAUAUUUUUUCCACCAACAUAUAAAUAUUCUAGGAAUUCAGAUAUGUAUGCUGGGGAAGACAUUCAACCAAAGGAGAAGCGUCGCACACCUGCAUGGUGUGAUCGGAUUUUGUGGCAUGGAAGGGGUUUCCAACAGUUGUCUUAUGUGCGUGGGGAAUCUAGAUUUUCAGAUCAUAGACCCGUUUUCAGUAUUUUUUGGGUUGAAGUUGAAUCAGUACACAGUAGAUUGAGGAAAAUGAGUUGUUCAAGCUCAAGAAUUGAGGUGGAGGAGCUCUUGCCCUAUGCACAUGGUUAUACCGAGCUUUGUUUCUAAUUCUGAAGUAGAAUGAGGACAUAAAGCCUCAGUAUUCGGUAGAUACUCCAACUUUUAAUGGCUAGCUUACCUUGAGAUGGAAUGAGGAUUCACAUUCUUCUCCUUCAAGUUAACAUUGCUUUAGGAGCAAAAUAUUAAUGUUUCAUUAACAAACUCCAACUUUCACACAAGUGUCAUCUUUCCUCCAUUGUGUUAGGUAAUUAUGCUAUUUAUUUGGUCCUAAUAACUGUCAACUGUACGUACAACACAAGCUUGUAGCUUGGUUGCUUGGUUUGGUGCCUUUUGGUGAGAUUGUGGCCAGCCAUGUAAGAGACACGGCGUAUCAACAUGCUGGAAAUCUGAGCUCAUGAGCUAUGGUUUUGAGUCUACUUUCUUUUGGAUACUAAGUAUUUUUUGGGGGGGGGAAUUUUAACAGGAUGAACUUAACCAACAGUUAGAAGGAUUUCCAAGUGGGAAAAUGAUAGUUCUGUUCCAAGAUUCUUUAUAUAUUAGUUAGGUAUAGAAAUUCAAUGACGUGAAGAGAAUGAGAUAUGGUGCAAAUUAAUCGUGUUUCAGUUUUGCCUUAUGUUUCAAUGAAGAAAAGGCAGAGAUCUGAUCA